GGGAGCCGCAGCGGAGCAGCCCGGUAGUGUCGGCCGAUUUAACGGAGCGAGGAGCCGCGCAGAGAAAACCAUGGGACCGCUUUUCCUCGGAGCGCUGGGCUGCUGCCUGGUUCUGUCCGUCCAAGCCCUGUACUCGUCCGGCGAUGAUGUGGUGGAGCUCAACCCCUCCAACUUCAACAGGGAGGUGAUCCAGAGCGACAGUCUGUGGCUGGUGGAGUUCUACGCGCCCUGGUGUGGCCACUGCCAGAGCCUCACACCUGAGUGGAAGAAGGCAGCGACUGCCCUCAAGGGUGUCGUCAAGGUCGGUGCCGUGGAUGCCGACCAGCACAAGUCACUGGGUGGCCAGUAUGGCGUCAAAGGGUUUCCCACCAUCAAGAUCUUUGGAGGCAAUAAGAACAAACCAGAGGCGUACCAAGGAGGACGCAGCAGCCAGGCCAUCGUGGACGCAGCCAUGAACGCUCUGCGCUCUCUGGUCAAAGACAGGCUGAGCGGCAAGUCCGGCGGCUCCAGCUACAACCAACAGAGCGGCGGCGGCGGCGGCGGCAGCAAGAAGGACGUGGUGGAACUCACCGAUGACAACUUUGACAGGAUGGUGCUGGACAGUGACGACGUGUGGCUGGUGGAGUUCUUCGCCCCCUGGUGUGGACACUGCAAGAACCUGGAGCCUGAGUGGGCAGCUGCAGCCACAGCUGUCAAGGAGCAGACCAAGGGCAGAGUCCGCCUGGGAGCCGUGGACGCUACCGUACACCAGGUCGUGUCCAGCCGCUACGGGAUCCGCGGAUUUCCCACCAUCAAGGUUUUCAAGAAGGGCGAGGAGCCCGAGGACUACCAAGGAGGUCGCUCCCGCGGAGAUAUCAUCGAGAGGGCUCUGGAGCUGUUCUCUGACAACGCUCCUCCUCCUGAAGUGGUGGAGAUCCUCGGUGAAGACAUCCUGAAGAAGACCUGUGAGGACAGUCAGCUGUGUAUAAUCGCUGUCCUGCCACACAUCCUGGAUACAGGUGCAGCAGGUAGGAACGGCUACCUGGAGGUGAUGGUGAAGAUGGCUGAGAAGUACAAGAAGAAGAUGUGGGGCUGGCUGUGGACUGAGGCCGGGGCUCAGAUGGAGCUGGAGGCCUCUCUGGGUAUCGGUGGCUUCGGUUACCCCGCCAUGGCUGCCAUCAACACGCGCAAGAUGAAGUUUGCUCUGCUCAGGGGCUCCUUCAGCGACACUGGCAUUCAUGAGUUCCUGAGGGAGCUUUCUGUGGGCCGCGGCUCAACUGCCACACUGGGAGGCGGAGUAAUGCCCAAGAUUCAUGCUGUUGAACAAUGGGACGGCAAAGACGGACAGCUCCCCGAGGAGGAGGACUACGACCUCAGCGACGUGGACCUGGACGACAUUUUCGAGAAGACUGAGUUAUGAGUCCAGAGCAGGCCGGGAUCUGAUCCAGAUUUGCUCGGUGGGAUCUGGUCCGGUCCGGUCCUGCGCGACCCGCCUCCCCUCUCCUGUGGACGAACGGGAGGCCCGGUCGCCCAGUUACUGAAAAACUCCAGAAAAGACACAUAUGAGAGACACCUGCGGUUUCUCACGUCAUCUUUCAGCCACGCGGGGACGGGAGGGAGGGCAGCCGGCGUCCUGUCCCCGGAGUGAACUGGUUCUCACGUACCUGCUGAACGUUUGGAAUAUUUAUACAGCCGCCGCCAGCUGAGGAGGAGGAGGAGGAGGGAGGAGGUUCUGAAUGUCACACUUGAGCUGCUCAUUCAAGUCCUGUUCAAACGUCGCUCCCUCUCCCGUCUCCAGCCGCCCUCCAGCACCUAUUUUAAGACGUGGACUUGUCAAAGUAACACUUCAAUGUCCACCCUGAUGUGACUUAUAAUGUUUUUUCUCUUUUUAAACCAGUGAACGGGAUCACGGUGGGGCCCAGGACACGGGGGGGAUACUGUCGGGAGUUCUUGUGUAGAUUUUUCUUACACGACUUUAUUUCAAAUGUGUGAAAACAAAAUGACAUUUUUGUUACAAAAAUAAAAAGGAAUAAAAACAA